AUGGCGGGCGCGAAAUUAUUUGUUUGCAUUGUCACCUACUGCAUAUUAAUGGCUGAAUGCCAUCAUAGCAAGGAACCACAUCAAAAGCCGAUGGUGACAGUAAAAGAAGGAAGGCUUAGAGGAACAGUUGGAACCAUCUAUGAUGGUUCGACGUACUUUAGUUUCAAGGGCAUUCCAUACGCAGAGGCACCUGUCGGGCGACACAGGUUCCAGUCUGAUCCGCUGCCACCAAAACCAUGGCAAGGUGUCCGCGAUGCUUCACAACACGGUCCAAUAUGCACACAGUACGACUUCACUGUCUCUCAAUACUUCGAAGGUAGCGAGCAGUGCCUCUUCGUCAACAUCUAUACAAAGUCUUUGCAACCGCAAGCAAAGAUUCCAGUCAUGGUAUUCAUCCACGGUGGAUCCUAUAUGUCAGGAUCUGGAAACUCUGACACAUUCAGCCCCGAUCUCCUGCUAGAGCACAACGUAAUCUUUGCGACCAUAAACUAUAGAUUAGAGUUGCUGGGAUUCCUCUCAGUUGAUACCCCCGAGGUACCUGGCAGUGGUGGUAUGAAAGAUACCGUUGCGGCACUCCGCUGGAUCAAAGAAAAUAUAGCUAAGUUUGGAGGUGACCCCGACAACAUUACAAUCUUUGGGGAGAGCUCCGGCGCUUCUUCUGUAACUUAUCUCAUGAUGGCACCAUCAGCUAAAGGUCUGUUCAGUAAAGUCAUCGCGCAAAGUGGUACCUGUUUCGAAGACUGGGCACAAGCGAGAAACAUGAAAGAGAGAGCUUUCAGAGCGGCAAAAGUCUUAGGAAAAGAUACCAACGACGUUGGUGAACUAUUAGAAUUCUUCAGAGGUUUACCAGCUCUGAAUUUAACUAACCUUACUGAAAAGACGUUGACGGAGGAAGAGCAAUACAGAGGUCUGCCCGAACAAUUCAUUCCAGUUAUCGAGAAGAAAUUCAGAGGUGUCGAACCGUUCAUGGAUGAGGAUCCUGUACAAAAGGUUUUGAAGGGCAGAGUCAAUAGAGUACCGAUUAUGCUCGGUUACAACUCUGGCGAAGGUAUAUCGAUAAUAUCCGAGGAAAUUAAGAAAUUAGAUGUUAAGAACCGCAAUGUUUCAUACUUUGUGCCAAGGUCGGUUGUGGAGGUAGUUUCGCAAGAAAAGGCUAAGGAAUUCGGCGAACGCAUACAAAGGUUCUAUGGUGGCGAUAAGGGUAUCACUAAAGAUAACCCUGGAAUUGUAAGAGAUGUGCUCACAGACACAAACUUUGCUUAUAACACUCACAGAUUUGCUUACAUGUAUAGCAAGUAUGCACCAGUUUAUAUGUACAGGUUCAACUAUGAGACCGACCUGAAUGUGAUAAAGAGGUAUUCAUCAUACAAGGACCUGGCUGGAGUGAGCCAUGCCGAUGAUCUUUUCUACUUGUUUUAUAAUAACCUGAAUAAAGACGUGUACGACAGUCAACCGAAGUUGAGAGAUAUCGCCUACGAAGUUACCAAAUUGUGGACCGAUUUCGCGAAAUAUGGAAAUCCAACUCCAGAUGGUAGUCUAGGAGUCGACUGGCAACCGUACACCGCAUCUGGCAAGGAGUACUAUAAUAUUCAAGAAAAGUACUCCGUAGGCCACUAUGCUGAUAGAGAUCGGAUUGAAUUCUGGAAUCAGAUCUACAAGGAAGCCGGCUUACCUCAUAUUAAAGGAGGCCAGCAAGCGCCUAUAGUAAGUGUAGAACAAGGAAGAUUAAGAGGCACUAUUGAAAGGAUUUAUUCGGGAUCUUCAUACUUUAGCUUUAAAGGAAUAACAUAUGCUGAAGCACCAAUCGGAAAAGAUAGAUUCAAGUCACCAUUGCCACCAAAACCAUGGAUUGGAAUUCGAGAAGCCAAAGAACAUGGUCCAAUUUGCGCGCAAUUAAACACUACUACAUUAGAUACUAUAGGCAGCGAACAAUGCUUAUUUCUAAACGUAUACACAAAAUCAAUUGACCCAAGAUCCAAAUUACCCGUCUUGGUCUUCAUACAUGGCGGAUCUUUCAUGUUUGGCUCAGGAAAUUCAGAUACAUUCUCACCAGAUCUACUAAUACAACACGACGUCAUUUUCGUUACAAUCAACUAUAGACAGGAACUGCUUGGCUAUCUGUCUUUAUAUAUACCCGAAGUUCCAGGUAAUGCUGGUAUGAGAGACCAAAUUAUGGCAUUGCGUUGGAUAAAGGAAAAUAUUGCUAGAUUCGGUGGGGAUCCAGACAAUGUUACCAUAUUUGGGGAGAGUUCUGGAGCGGCUGCUGUCACAUAUCUCAUAGUUUCACCGAUGGGUAAAGGCCUAUUUAAUAAGGCAAUAGUAGAGAGCGGCGUUUGCCUUCAAGACUGGGCUCAAGGAAGGGACAUGAGACCAAGAGCAUUUAGAGCUGGUAAAGUUUUAGGAAAAGAUACAAAAUACGUGGCAGAAUUAUUGAAACACCUAAGAAGUUUGCCAUCAGGAAGUCUUUCCAAUCUACCAGAUAGGACCAUGACUGAUGAAGAAAAAUUAAGAGGCUUACCCGAGAGAUUUGUUCCUGUCGUUGAAAAGAAGUUUCCCGAAGUGGAGGCUUUUAUUGACGAAGACCCUGUACAAAUUCUAAUUGACGGUAAAGCAAACACAGUUCCGUUGAUGCUUGGUUAUAAUUCCGGCGAAGGAAUCUCAAUUAUAUCCUAUGAAGUACCAAGAUUGGAAGUGAAGAACGCGAAUCUAUCUCUUUUCGUUCCAAGAGAUAUCGCGGAACGUGUUUCUCUAGACAAAAUGCAAGAUAUGGGUAGGCGAAUAAAAGAAUUCUAUGCAGGUAAAGGAAAUUUUAGCGAAAACGAUCCCGAAGUUAUCCGUGAUAUGGCAACUAAUAUUCACUUCGCUUAUAAUACCCAUAGAUUCGCCUAUCUAUACAAACGGAAAAACAACCCAGUGUAUAUGUAUAAAUUUAACUAUGAUACUGAUUUGAACAUACUCAAAAAUGUUUUUAAUCCUGCAUACAAACAUUUGGAAGGAGCUACUCACGGUGACGAAUUAUUUUAUCUAUUCUAUAACGCCUUGAAUAAAGCUGUUCUUGACGGUCAACCGAAGCUGAGAGAUAUUACUUACAGGCUUACUAAAAUGUGGACAAACUUUGCUAAGACUGGAAAUCCCACACCGGACGACGAUCUCGGUAUUAAAUGGCCACAAUAUACGCGCUUAAGAAAGGAAUACUUAACUUUGCAAGAAAAUUCCGUAGCCGGAUUUUACGCAGAUAGAACUCAAAUGGAUUUCUGGAACCAAUUAUACAAAGAAGCUGGAUUAGCUUUUAUUGAAGACUAA